AUUGCCGUACUCUAAAUUCAGAACUGAGCGUCUAAAUUAUUACUACUUCCCUGAUUACGGAUUGGCUUGGAGACUUCCAGGAGUGCACGCUGCGCGGUUGCUGACCACAUUCGUCCUCCACGGUGCUGGCACGAAUUAACAAUUUCAACACAUGCAUGAACAUAGUUCAUAUAUAUGGUGCUAGUUAUAAUAAUUUCAUAUUCCAUACGCUUUGUCCGCAGCUCCAGCAUUCUCACUUCCACCGCGACCAACUAUUUUACCCAGAGGUUUCCUCAUCCGCCUAUUUACCUCCCUUCCCACUACGACGUACAGCCCAAGGCCGUAGGUUGGAUGCCCCGUAGUAUGCGCAGUGCAUUUUCUUGGACGUUCAGACCGGAAGAGUAUAUCCUUCUUGGCGCCACAUCUCCCUCCAUACCACCACGCACCACUAAAUACCGUCGCCAACAUUCUUGCUCGUGGCGUAACUUCAUCCGCGUGUUCACCCUUCGAAAAGUCCUCGUCUCCGUCACCCUCGUCCCGGUGUUCCUGUUCCUUGCAAUUGUCUGUCAGGGCAUACCACCAAACUAUGAUGAUAUCAGGUCAUUCGAACACCAUCUCCCUCAACACUCCUUGUCCAGACAUCAGCCGCAGUACCUACGAUUUCCAGGUCACCUGUGGGGCUUCGGGUUCAAUAAUGUUCUUCAGGAAGCUAUCUUGAUGUCUUACCUCGCCUAUGCGACCAACGUAUCAUUUGUCUUCGAGGACUAUACAUGGUCGCACUUACCACUUCCAUGGACAAUCUACGAUUUCGCUCUGCGUCCCGCACGCAUACCAUUAAACGCCCUCAUAUCGGGUCCAACCGCAGGAGGGCCAAUGCCUAGCGCACCGAAUGCACCCCGUGCAGUGAACGCCGAGUUCUAUACACAAGUCUGUGGGGGUCCUGACAGCCAGAAACGCGUUAUCAGCUCUCUGACCGCGCCAAACGAUGCGGACGGCGACGUCAUGAUCGAUUGGUGGGUAUAUCAGCUCGCAUCUGUCCAAGAGCCAUGCAUAGAAAUAGAUUCGUCUGCCCACGAUGUCUUCGACAGACACUUCUUCGGAAACCCGCGGAUUCUCUCCGUCUGGGAAUCUUUGACUAAAUCGCCCAUGUUGACGGACUUCGCUUGGUCGCCGCUUGUGCAAGCGGCGGUUUCGCGUAAUUUUGCGCUCCUUCAACCAGAGUCUGCUAAAGACCUCUACGAUGCACACUCCCGUAAAUCACUCGCUGGACUGGUCGCGGUGCACCUCCGCAGGGGCGAUUACAAACGACAUUGUCCGAAUCUUGCAAGGUGGGGCGCAGACUACAUGGGUAUAAAUCAACAUCCAUCGCUCCCUGAUCGAUUCGAUCGGUCUCCGUAUGUCAACGACACUGAUGCAAGGCUGUCGUAUUAUCUCGAUCAUUGCUGGCCAUCAACGGAGCAGGUUGUAGAAAGGCUAAGGAACAUUCGGAAAGAGCAUCCUGGGCUGAAACGAGUGUAUGUGCUCUCAAACGAAUGGGCAUGGAGUCUCGAUGACCUGAAGAACGCGCUUGAGGAAGACGGGUGGGACGACUUGGUAAGUAGUACUGAUAUCGUCCUCGAUUCGGAGCAGAAGCAUGUGGCUAUGGCAAUAGACAUGGCAAUUGCAGAGAAGGCAGAGGUAUUCAUCGGGAACGGGUUCUCGAGCCUGUCUUCAAAUGUGGUGAUGCUGAGGAUGGCGAAGGGGAUGGAGGCGGAGAGUAAUCGGUUUUUGUGAUGAAUCUAACACACACAUAAUUUAGUACUACUAGUAUACUCCGGAACAUUAUGCGACGAGCGGUGCUCGCGAGGAACAUGGACAAUGGAUGCACCAGUCACAAGGCCCGAGGCAGAUGAGCGCCCUUAGGGACGUCUGACAACCGGAUAUUGACAGCAGUGCCUGGAUAACUCGAACCAAACAUGUUGAACUUCAUCGGACCUCACCUAGGAGCGACGGAGAGGGCAGCGAGGGCAGCGACAGACCAACUCUCCUUCCUGGAGGUCUGGACACGUAUGAGGAGUUGAGCGAAGCUGCAAAAUGGGACCAUGCUCCAAAUUACAUAAACGUUCGCAUGACAUCCGAAUCAUAAAUAUAUCUAGCUAGACUCAGCGACUCACGACUCAGGGCAUGGAAUAUUGACGUUUUAAUGCUCAAACAUCAAAUGAGAGUCGAGACGC